UCCGUUUCCCCUGUUUGAUUCUCUCCAGGGCAACUGCUGAUUCACUGUUACGAGUCGGCAGGUCAGCGAGGAGAGUUGGUUGUCUGUGCACCUGUUCUCAUCUGACACAACCAGAGAUCAAGAGUGAACCUAACAGGAAAAAUGAAAACUUUGAAAAUCACAGCCUGCUUCCUUCUGCUUUUUCAAGUGCUUCACUUAGCAUCACUUCAAGCAACAACUGACUUCCCUGGACGCACAAUUGAUAAAAGUUGGCUCCGCAAACCAUUCAUAAACACCGGAGAAAAUGGAAAUCCUGAACAAAGCGAGUUUGAUUCUGGGAGUGACAACAAUGGAGGUCUUGCAUCCGGAUUUAUGGCAGACGUCACUGAAGAAGAGGAGAAUGUAGCAAACCAGUUUAGAAGGGAAAAUGAAACGUCUGAAGAUCUGAAUAUUUCCAACAACACACUGCACUCGGCAUUUGAAAAUGAAACCACGCAAGCAGAAUUACCACAGGCUAUCGUCCCUCCAGCUAACGCGUCAACAGAAUCCACAAAUUCAAGCCAAACCAACAUGACACAAGCUGAAGAGGAGUUCAGUUCUACCAUGACCGCAGAAAACUCCACCAGCACACGAGAUCUCUCGAACAACAACACCGCAUUAGAGUCAACAACCUUGGCUCCGGAGAAUGGUACCACAAAACAGCCCACAACUACACUAGAUUCAGACAAAAGAGCAAACUCUACAGGAUCUACCACCACAGCAGCCACAACAUCCGCAGCACCAAACGCCACAGGAUCUACCACAGCAGCACUAAGCACAGCUGGACCAAAUACCACAACACCACAGACAAACAAUACCACAACCACAAACCCUUUUGGCAUCCCAGAAUCAAGUCUGGCUACAACCACAGAUGUGGUAAAUGUACCUAAUGUGGCUAACCGAAGCGGGGUCAUUGCAGACGGGUCAGAACGAGGAACUGGUGCGCAGUCAGGUUUGGAGUCAGACCCGUACAGGAGCAAGAGGAACGUGGCUUGGCUGGCUGUUCUUGGGACGGCGGCAGCCACGGCCUGCGUGGGAGUGGUAGCUUACAUCAUCCUGAAGAAGAGAAACCAGAAAGCUUUCACGCACAGGAAGCUGGUUGAGGAAUACCCUGCAGACCCAGUUCUCAGAUUAGACAACUGUGAGCCUUUGGACUUGAACUUCGGUGGAGCAGCCUACAACAACCCAGGACUCCAAAGGGACCAUAUUCAAAUGGACAGCCUUUCAGCACGACGCUAACACUUUAAAGACUGCUGUGACCAAAACUCCCUUAAAAGAACGUCUGUCAAAUGCAGUUUUUGCCUUUUGUUGGAAUUUUGUGGAAAAUGUGGAGUUGUGUGUAAAAAAAAGUAAGAAAGAAAGAAAAGAGGAAAGGGUUUUGUCCAAAUCUACUUUAAGUUACCCACAUUUAUAUUUUGGAUACAGAUUAUAUUUGUUAUAUUUAUUGCACUGAGAAGAAGAAUGGAUCACUUUGAUAAUCUAUCUAUUGAAGGUACACUGUAGCCAAACUGAACACGUAGGCUGCCAAAUGAAUUAUAUGAAGGUUUUUCUACUCAAGAAAUAGGCUACUUAGUUCUUAAUGAAGGAUAUAAAAAACAACAUUCACCAGACCUUUUCAUCUAAUUUCAGUUAGGUUUUAUUGUAACCUAAAAACACAUUUUGCAUGAAUUUGUUUAAAUGAUUUAAAAAAAUAAGCAGACAUGAACAUAUAAACAUAUCAGCUAAAGACAAGAAAGGAGAAUAUGGCAGAUUUGAAACCAUUAAAAAAGGAAGGAAAUGAUGUCCCUGCUGUCAAAUUUACAGAUGACACAGCUGGUCUAGUGAGGCAUUUUGAACAAAAUUCAGAAGCCAUCGUGAACAAUAACUGUAUCCGUAUCAGCAAUCACCUGCUGUCACCACAUAAUUUAGGCAAUAACAAGUCAUAUUUGGACUGCAAUAUUCCUACAACUGGCAGUUGCAGUCAAAACUAAAGACUUGGGUUUGUUUUCUGCACCAGAGAGGGAGGUGGAGGAAGGCUGGAAGCUGUUUUCUUAUUCAUAGAAUGAGAUUUUUUUGUAUGCUGAAAGGGAGUUGUGUACCUGGUCUUUGCAUUACUCAGUAGCAAUAAUGAUAUCUUCAUAAUGCACGCUUUAAGUCUUCCGACCUCCAGGUGUCUGGACAGAAAAUUGAGUUUGUUGUAGCAACAGUGUGCACCUUGGAGGAGUACGUAGUGUUUACGUCCUGCACAGAAUACUAUAAUAAAUCAAUUAAUGUUCAGAUUUUCUUUUCUUCCAACUCUGCAGCAAUAUGGAUACAGAUGUACAGAUUAAUGCAUUUUUUUCUCUGCAUUUUCCAAAAUUACAUUUUAAAUUGUGCUCUUUUCUACACUUUCUUACUAUUUGCUUAUGAGGAAGAAAACCUAUAUUUUACAUUGAUUAUGUCAAGGAAAUUCAUGCAGGAAAUAAAUCUUUUUAGCUCUGUA